AUGACGGACCUCAACGCCAGGGCAGAGCGGCUGGUGCCCAAAUUCCAACUGGAGCGGGUUCUCAACCAAGAUCAAGCAGGUCGACGGACAUCCAUGUACGGCACCAUCGACAACGAACCCGCUCUCCUGAUUCUCGAGCGCGCACCCUUCCCUACAUCAGACAACUACCUAGGUCGAAUCCCCUCGUCGCUCGCCAAGCUGAAGAACCUGGGCGCCAAUGACAUAUACAGCUGGAGCAUGGCUCGGACAGGCAGCGACGACGAAGGGCAGUCCCAGCAAGAAAAAGCAGGCUUCUUCGCCGAUUUAAAAAUAAACUUGAUUUAUCCAUGCACAGAGUCACAUGUUAAAAAGUACAGCAAGCAGCAUGUUCGAUUCGUUACGGAAACGCCAGAGAUAUAUAAAGACAAAAUUAGACCAUACAUGCAGAGCAAACGAGACCAAGGAAGGCUAAAUUGGGUAUUCAACAUUAUCGAGGGCCGAACAGAAGUAGAGGACGUUAUUUAUAGAACCAAACUCGGCGAGGCGGGCGAUGAGGGCUUUCUCCUGCUGCCCGACCUCAAUUGGGACCGCAGCACGCUGGAUGCACUGCACUUGCUGGCGAUUGUGGAGCGGCGGGAUAUCUGGUCCCUGAGAGACUUGAGGAAGAAGCACAUCCCCUGGCUGCGGCACAUGAAGGACAAGGUGGUUUCGGCUACGGUCAAGACGUAUCCGGCCAUUGAACCAGACCAACUGAAGCUGUAUGUCCACUACCAGCCAACGUACUACCACUUUCACAUCCACAUUGUGCAUGUGGCGCUCGAGGCUGGUACUACUCAGGCCACGGGGAAGGCGGUCGGGCUGGAUAGCAUUAUUGAGACGCUCAAAGUUAUGGCUGGUGAUGAUGAGGCGGGUAUGGAGGCCGUGUCCAUGACGUAUACGCUCGGCGAGGCUAGUGAAUUGUGGACAGAGGUGUAUGAGCCGAUUAAGAAGAGCGGUAGAGCUUCUCAAUAG